GUGGCAGCUUCAGCAAUUUUCCUCGCUAUGGCGUCGGCAAUGUGGAGACUGGGCGGCUUGCUGCGCGUAGGUGCCGUGAACUGCAAGCCCCGGCCACAACAGAAUGCAGGCGCCUUGGCGAUGCGGUGGCACAACUCCAGAGUUGUCGACGGAGAGCCGAUCAGUUUUCACUUCAAGCUACGAGAUGGUUCUCGCAAGACUGUUUGCGUGCCCUCCGGCACCACCGUGUUAGAAGCGGCCCAUCAAAAUCAGGUGGACCUGGAGGGCGCCUGCGAGGCGUCUUUGGCAUGCUCCACCUGCCACGUGAUCCUCACACCGGAGAACUACGACCAAAUCGAAGAGCCCUGCGAAAAGGAGGAGGACCUUCUGGACUUGGCGCCCUGCCUGACACCCACCUCCCGGCUGGCCUGUCAGGUGGUGGUUGAUGAGCGCCUGAAGGAUAAGGAAGUCACCCUGCCGGCCAUGACCGUAAAUUUUUAUGUAGAUGGUCAUGUGCCAACGCCGCAUUGAUGCAGACGGCUGAUACCCGAUGGCUUGUGCCGAAGAAAUGGACU